ACGGUGUGGAUGGAGGCGGCGAGCAGCACCCAGGGUUUACCCCGAGCCUUCCUGCACAGUCUGCGAACCCUCUUCGAUAUCCUGGACGAUGAGCGCCGGGGCUACGUGCACAUCCAUGAGAUUGAAACCCGCUGGAGGGGGGCGGACACACGGGAGUUGCCCCCGGGGGUGCUGCACUGCCUAAGGAAGGUGGCCCCUCCUGAUGGCUUUCUCACCUUCGAUCGCUUUGUGUUGGGGCUCCGGACUUCAAUGUUCAACUCCCAGAACAGAGAGAACUGCCACAUGGGGGCCCCCCGAGCUCCAGUCAAAGUCCCUGGAAAAGUGGGGUACCCCUGCAAACCGCAGCCUUUGGGGGUCCGCUUCAUCAAUGGCACCAACCCUGGGCGCAGCAAUGGGAGUGAUGGUCCAGCCUGCAGAGGAGAUGUGGACAGACCCAGACUAGGAGAAGAGGCGAAGAAUAUGUGUAGAUCCAACAGCGAGAGCACCAGCCAAGCCAUGAUGGAGCCGUGCCGCCACCAGCGCACCAGAGGGGAGCAUAGGCGGCACACUAUCACCAAUGGAGUGGACUACGGCAUGCUGAAGAGGAUGAAGGAGCUGGAACAUGAGAAGGAUCUACUUCUGCAGGGUUUGGAGAUGGUGGAGAAGGCUCGGGACUGGUACCUCCAGCAGAUCCAUACUGUGCAAGAGCAGCAAAUGAAUCUGGGAAAGAAGGAAUACUUCAAUGAUGCCCAACCAGGACCCUCGAAUCAGCUAUUGACCAGACUGCAGGAAGUGAACCGAUGCCUGAGUGACCUCCUGUCUCCUUGCAGGACUGGUGUCCACGCUUCACCUGUGACCAAUGCCGCCCCUGUACCUGGGCAACAGCAAACUGUAAAUAUGUUAAAGGAGCAGAAUCGUUUACUGACAAAGGAGGUGUGUGAUAAAAGUGACCGCAUCACCAAGCUGGAGCAGGAAAAAUCGGCUUUAAUCAAGCAGCUUUUUGAAGCGCGAGCUCGGAAUAAUCCUGAAACAAGUGCAAUGGACUCCACAUUCAUAUAGACUGCUGGGAGCUUAGCGCC